AUGGCCCAACUCCAUAAAAAUCAGCCCAAACCCAACCAAAACCCUAGUUUCCUUUCUCUUAAAACAGGAAAGGAACGGACAAAAAGCGCGCUGUGGGGGAGGGGUGGCAACGGCAGGGAAACAAAAAAAAAAAAGAACCGAUCCUGCACCCUCUUGCUUCUACUCCCCCUUGCUUGCUAUGAACCAGCCCUGCACUCGUACGCCCCUCUGCACACCUCUUGCAACCCCCUCUUCUGCAGCCGACUCCACCCCCCUCUUCUGCAACCCUCUGUGCCCCUGCUGCACAACCGAUCCUUCACCCCCUUAUCUCACGCCCCUGCUUGUUGCAGCCGACUCCACCCUCUUCUCUUGCACCCCUCUGCUCCCCCCUACUUGCUGCAAAACCGACAUGGACCCACCUCUCUGUACCGCCCCUCCUCUACAACCAGAUCCUGCACCCCCCUUUCUGCACCGCCCCUUUUCUACAAAGAUAGAUCCUGCGCCCCACGUUGCAGCCAACUGAGCAUGAUGGCAGACCAGCGUUCUUGGUUGUUUUGCGAGGUCAAUUUUGGCCUCAUCUGAUCAACGAUGGAAGAAAAAUAAGAAAAAUUGAAGGGUUGGGAUGAGGAGAGAACAAGGGAGUUUAGGGUUCCGUUUGAUUUUUGUAUAAAUAGGAAAGGAUCGGUGAGUUUAGGGGGGGUUCUUUUUCGGGUUUUUUCCUUCUGGGUUUCCUUUUCUUCUCGUCACUAAAAAAAAAGGGAGAAAAAUAGGCGAUUUUUCUUUUGGUCUGCAUUUUUUGGUUUUGCCAACGGCGGCAAAAAAAGAGUCCAAUAAAAAAAAAAAAGGGAGAAGAGGGGAAUCCGAGAGGAAGGCUGGUUGAAGGGAAGAGACAAUUUCUUUGGAGGUGGACAGUGGCUUAAAAGGAAGCUUAUUUUUUUGUGUCUAUUUCCUCCUUAGGUAAUUCCCUAAACAGAGGAAUUUUUGGGAAGGAUGGUGAGGGAGACGAAUGGAGCUUGAUCCUGUGGGUGGGAUCCCUCCUUCCGAUCUGGAUCUGUCUUCUCCCAGAAAAUUUUCAUCUUGUUUGUUUCAAUUUUUCUUAGAUUUUUAUGUAUUAGGACUGUAUUUGAUGAUGAUAUUGUGAAUGAAAAAAAAAUCAAACAUGUUCUGAUUG